AUGGCGUCAACCGCGUCCACACGCCCAAGCGCCGACCGCGCCGCCGCCGCCGAAGCCACCAUGCGGCGCGAGCUCAGGGGCGUGGCGGCCGAGAGCGACCGCAACCAGAAGCUCGUCGUCGACGUCCCCGGCGCAGUCGAUGUCCUGGCCGCGGUGUUCGCGGCAUCCGCCAACGCCAAGUCGGAAGGGACAGCCGCCGCCGUCCGCGAAGAGGCGGUCGAGGUCAUCUCCUCGCUGCAAGUCCCGGAGCAGUGCCUGCGCCGCGUCGCGGAGACGAACGAGGCGCUGGUCUCCGCGCUGCAGCGGUCUAGCGCCAAGUCGUGGCGCUGCUGGUGGAGCGCGUCACGGGCGCGCUGCCUACCAGCAGGCUGGCGUCCCUCCCGUAGCAGGUGUUCAGUGAGGCCGUGGAGCUGCUCCGCGAUAGGCUGGCCGUCUCCAGGCCCGCGACAAGGCGGCGCUGCACAUGCUUGUGCACACGACGGCGUGGGGACGCAACUGCGUCAAGGCGGUGGACGCCGGCGCGGUGCCCGUGCUCGUCGACAUGCUCUUUGA